UAAUAAAUUUAUAUAGAGUUUAACUUGUCAAAGAAAUUUACAAUAAUUGAAAUUGCAAAUAAAACUUUAAAAAAUAAAUACUUAGAAGUAAAUAAAUAUAUAAAAAUGUUCAUCAUCCAAAACAAGCAAGAAUAAUAAAAGAAAUCACAAAAAAAUAACUAGAAAUAUCUUUAAGCAGUUAUUAAAGCCACUUUGAUUUAUGGAUCUUUGAAAGUUUUGGCUAAGUACUUCGCCCCUGCUGCCGAAGCUGCCACUGCUUGA